AUGAUGAUCAGCGACGUCCAGACGUGGGUCAGCACAGCGUUGACCAAUGAGAACACGUGCAACGAUGGGUUCACCGGGAAGGAGAUGGCCGGAGAGGUGAAGACAGCGGUGAGAGGGAGGAUCGAGAAGAUUGCUCACCUCACUAGCACCACUGCAACUUCCUUAUCCGUCUGGCUGGUAAGCUUUUCUCUCAACGAUGGGUCUAAUGGGUUCUGCUGCGAAUGCCAAAUAGCCAACUUGGAAAUUUGA